ACACAUUAAAAAAAUCCCUGGAGGCUCGUCACCAGCUGUGACCUGGGCGGUGCGCUUCUGGGAGAGGCCAGGGCCCCAGGCGUCCGGUUUCCUGCCCAGGCCAGUCCAACUUCCGCGCGUCUGGUGGGCAGAAGUUUGUGGGGCAUCUGCUCCCGGUCCCCUCUGGGUCCCGCCACAGUUGGGAAGAGGGACCCGAGCGCCCCGCCCCUGAGGCCCCGCCCCGUCCCGUUCCAGCUUUACUAGCCAGAGGUCUCGGGGGGCCCGUAGGCCGCCGGCCGGUCUGGGCCCCCGCGAUGUCGCAUGGAUCGGGGCUCAUCCGGACCACGUGCAGCAGCGGCGGCGCGCCGGGGCCAAGCCAGCCCUCGGAGGGACUGCUGGACCGGGUGUACCCGCGUACCCAGGGCGCCCUGCUCAAAGUGGCACAGAUGGUCACCUUGCUGAUCGCCUUCAUCUGUGUGCGAAGCUCCUCCCCUUGGAUCGACUAUGGCGCCUACAGCUUCUUUGAAGUCGUCACAAUCUGCGACCUGAUAAUGAUUCUCGUCUUUUACCUGGUCCACCUCUUCCGCUUCUACCGUGUGCUUACCUGCAUCAGCUGGCCCCUGUCGGAGCUUCUGCACUAUGUCAUCGGCACCCUGCUUCUUCUCAUCGCCUCUAUCGUGGCAGCCUCCAAGAGCUACAACCAGAGUGGCCUGGUAGCAGGAGCGGUGAGAUGUUUCCUACAACCAGUUCAGACUUCAGCUCCUUUCCUCCCAAUAGUGGCCAGGGAAGGGGCUGAUUUGGGGGCCUUCCUUCUUCAAAUUCACACCUACCUCAAUCCAGCCAGCUACCCUCUCCAAAGAGCCUGGCAUUUGGGCUCGUUUCAGAGGGUCUGGGAAGUAGGCUGAAGGACUGUUGACAAACUUAUACAGCUUCAGGAGUAGCGGCCCAUUCUUUACACCCUAUCUCUAGGUCUGUCUCCCUUACAGCCACUGCUUACAUCAGAGCAAAAGGGUUUCAAUCCCCAUGCCAACUCUGAGCAUAUGCUCACGGCAGAGUGUUUGGGCAUCUCUUUUGCUUCAAGAGGGAAGGGCACUGCAAUGAACUAGUGAUGUCUGCCAUGAGUCUUUUGUCUCUUUUCUUUUGGGUCUCACUGGGUAGUCCAGGCUGGCCUGGAACACGCUGUUUAGCCCAGGCUGACCUGAAACUGACCUAAAAUGCAUUGCUUAGCUCAGGGUGGCCUUAGACUUACAGAGAUCCUCCUCUAUCUCCUCCUGAGUACUGGGGUUGUAGGCAUGCACCACACUGCUCAGAUACCUUAAAAGAUAUACAUAUCUUUUAAGAUAUAUAUAUAUCUUAUGUAGCCAAAGCUGAACUUAAAUUCAAUAUGUAGCUGAGGAUAACAUUGAACUUCUGAUCCUGCUGCCUCCACCUCCCCCCGUUCUGGGAUUAUAGGGGUGCUCCACCCAUCCCUAGACUGCAUGCAGGCGGUCUACCAAUUGACCUUCUUCCCAGUCUCCUUUUAGUUUCAGCAGUACUCAGGCCCGGAAGGGGCUCCUUAUCCCUUGCAGAGAUUAAAAUGAUCUGCCCAAGCCACGUCCAGCCAGCUAGACUGUACAGAAGUCCAGCCCUGUGGGACAUACACAAGCAGACGAAUGUGUAGACACAUAUGGGAGCAUGGUUGAAACAGCCAUAGAUUCUUGUGAUCUGAUUUGUGAUUCCGCCAACUUCAUAUCUGAGUGGCCUUUAGUCUAGUACCCAGGCAAGAAAAUUUUUUGUGUUUGUUUUAAGACUUGGUCUCUUGUAGCCCAGACUGACCUCUAACUUAAGAAGUAGCCAAGGAUGACCUUCAACUUGAGAUUCUCCUGACUCCAGCCCCGAGUGCUAGGAUCUAAGGCAUGCAACACCACAUCUGGUGUGUGUGGUGCUGAGGAUGGAGCCGAGGGCUUGGUGCCUGCUGGCAAGCACUCUACCAACUGAGCUAAGACUUUUAAAAUGAGUUUCAGGGUCUUUGCAAGUUUCUUUUUUUUUUUUUUUUUUUU